UUGUGCUAGUGGUAUAUGAAGGAGGCUAAGAUCACUAGCUUGAGGGAAAUUAAAUCCGGUUAGACACUUCUCUGGCAUUAAUCUGAUAUUUACUAGUGAUAUCUCAUGCUGGGCAGUUGUACUUUGUUUCUGAAGGCUUUCCUUUUUAAAACAAAAGAAAGCUCUUUUCAUUUUCACUGUGCUGCAUGUUCCAGUGUAUGUGUUUACACCAUCGGUUCUUCUAUCUCUAGAGAUUAGCAUAACUCCCUUUGCUGUUGGAUUGUUGUUUUGAGCAAUAUGUUUUGGAAAGGCUGGUUUUCAUCAUGAGUGCAUGCAAAUCCUCAGAAGCAUCUGUGAAAGAGUUUCUAGCCAAAGCCAAAGAAGACUUCUUAAAAAAGUGGGAAAAUCCUGCUCAGAAUAAUGCUGGGCUCGAGGAUUUUGAAAGGAAAAAAACCCUUGGAACAGGUUCAUUUGGAAGAGUAAUGCUGGUGAAACAUAAAGCCACUGAACAGUAUUAUGCCAUGAAGAUCUUAGAUAAGCAGAAGGUUGUUAAACUGAAGCAAAUAGAGCAUACUUUGAAUGAAAAGAGAAUAUUACAAGCAGUGAAUUUUCCUUUUCUUGUUCGGCUGGAGUAUUCUUUUAAGGAUAAUUCUAAUUUAUACAUGGUUAUGGAAUAUGUUCCUGGCGGAGAAAUGUUUUCACAUCUAAGAAGAAUUGGAAGAUUCAGUGAACCCCAUGCCCGGUUCUAUGCAGCUCAGAUAGUGCUAACUUUCGAGUACCUCCAUUCACUAGACCUCAUCUACAGAGAUUUAAAACCUGAAAAUCUCUUAAUUGACCACCAGGGUUAUAUCCAGGUUACAGACUUUGGGUUUGCCAAAAGAGUUAAAGGAAGAACUUGGACAUUAUGUGGCACUCCAGAAUACUUGGCUCCAGAAAUAAUCCUCAGCAAGGGCUACAAUAAGGCAGUGGAUUGGUGGGCAUUAGGAGUGUUAAUCUAUGAAAUGGCAGCUGGCUACCCCCCAUUCUUUGCAGACCAACCAAUUCAGAUUUAUGAAAAGAUUGUUUCUGGAAAGGUCAGAUUCCCAUCACACUUCAGCUCAGAUCUCAAGGACCUUCUACGGAAUCUGCUGCAGGUAGAUUUGACAAAGCGUUUUGGAAACCUAAAAAAUGGUGUGAGUGAUAUAAAGACUCACAAGUGGUUUGCCACAACAGACUGGAUUGCUAUUUAUCAGAGGAAGGUUGAAGCUCCAUUCAUACCAAAGUUUAGAGGAUCUGGUGAUACCAGCAACUUUGAUGACUAUGAAGAAGAAGAUAUCCGUGUCUCUAUAACGGAAAAAUGUGCAAAAGAAUUUUGCGAAUUUUAAAGAGGAACAAGAUAUCAGAGCUCACACUCGAUCUUUGCACUCUGUUGAGAGAUAAGGUGGAGCGGAGACCGUCCUUGUUGAAGCAGUUGCCUAGUUCCUUCAUUCCAGCGACUGAGUGAGGUCUUUAUUGCCAUCAUCUGUGUGUGCACUCUGCAUCCACCACUGUAACACGGCACCGCUAAGCAUUGUCUGUGCCAUAACACAGAACUAGACACUUUUCUGCUUCUCUUUGGUUUGUCUUUCUCCUCUUUUCCUACAUCCAUUUCUUCCCUUUUUCAUUAUCAUUAACUUUUCUCCAAACAGUGCUCCAUUUUAUUUUAUUGGUGUUUCAGAUGGGCAGUGUUACAGCUCUGUGAUAUUUGAAGGGAAGGAUAAGUGUUGAUUUUAGUAGUUCUUGCCAGUAUUUUUGUUGGUCAAUGAAUGGCUUGAGGGUAUAUCUUCUAAUAAUUCUUUUUUAUUUGAGUAGCUCAGACCCAAUUUUGCCAAAACUCUAUAUAGUUUUUGAAGGCAGAAUGUCUUAUUACCAAGGAAAUGUGUACAAAUUAUGCAGUAAAUUUCUUAGAGCUCACUGUUCUGGCAAUAAAUUGGAUAGGCUAAUAGAGAAUAGCUAGAUCUAGUAAUUUGGAUUCCUCUAGAUCAGAGUUCUAUUUCCCUUUACUUCUUUUUAUAUCAUGCUCCUCUUGAGUAAUUAAAUGACCAGCCUGUUUAGUGUGACAAAUUUGUCUCAUUUACAGGAAGGACUAAUGAUAAGGUUAAUUGUGUACCAGACUCUUUCUCUUGGUGACAGCUUUUCUGUUCGUAUUAGGGAAGAGUUCAGAAUUUAUAAGCCUAACUCCUCUGUAAGGAUUUUAGCCAGUAUUUUUUAAUAGAACAUGACUAAUUGAAGUGACAAUUUUUUAAUUUUCUCAAAUAAUUCGUAUUGUAUCCUUUUUAAGGGAAAAGAAAAAAAAAAGAAUGUGGACAAAUACUUCGUUAAGACAAACAGAUGGCUUGAUUCUUGCGAACUCAUAGAUACCCUCCUCUUUAAAUGAGGAUUUUUGUUUGUUUGUGUUGCUUUGCUGUAUAACAGUUAAGAGAGAAAGAAGUUGUUGCCAGGUUAUUACUCAGUGUACUAUAUUUGUUAGCAUAAGAUAGAGGCACUGUUGCAACUUCUGCUUUCAACCUAUGCCUCAUCAAUGAGGAAAGGGGACAAAGUUUAUAGAACUGCCACAAUUGUAUUUUAAUUUUGUGAUGUGAUAUUUUUAGAUAAGUCCUAAUUUCUACUUCCUUCUUUCAGUAAAUAGAAUGUAUGAUCAUGCAGAUAGGAAUUUAGCAUCUGAGUUUAGGGUUUUUUUUAUAUACUUUUUUGCCAACUGAUUAAAAACAACAUUGCUGUCAUGUGGAAAUUUCAAGCACUUUGCACAUUUAGUUCAGUGUUUGUUGAGAAUUAAUGGCUUAAUUUUAUUUUCAGAAUAUUUUUUAUUUGCUUUAAAAUUUUCCAUCUAGUUUUAUUCCUCUGUGUCAGUGACCUAUCUUAAAAACAACACACCAAAACAUUUUCAGAUAAACUGCAUUCAUUUUUUUAUGAUCAAUUUACAUGCAUAAUGAAUUGAAUUGUUUUUAAUCAAACGGAUCUUGAUGUAUAUAAACAUUUUACAUGCUUCAUUAUCGGUGCAGGUAGGUCACUGACUCUACUUUUCAUCCAUACACUCUUGUAAAACCUUUGAAGACAUUGAAAAAGCCUGCCUGAGAUGUUCUCUGCAUUAAUAAUCUGUAUGUCUUUGGGUUGUCAAGUGUUUAUGCAUGGUUUUGUCACUUAAAGGCUGAUACUGAUUUCAGUUGGCCCACCUAUAUUUAAAUUGUGCAAGAAUAAUAUGAAAUACUUUGCUGUAUCAAGUUUUAAGUAACAAAGAUAUUCAUCAUGUUAAUAACCUUCAGGCAUAAUUUGUAUAAAAUAUUUUCAUUCAAUUUUUGUAUCUCAUUUAGACCCCCAAAUAACACUGAUCAUUGUAUUCUAUAUGUAAGCUGCAAAUGUUCUGGUAGUUUUGUUGUAUAUUAUUGUAAAAUUAUUUUAAUAAAUCAUGGCGAUGAUAAUUUGUUACAUUUUAAUUUUCAGGAAUUAAAAAGAUUUUUAUGGAUUCUAAAACUAUUCUUUUUAUGAACUUACUUCGGCCCAAUACAACUUGCUAGAUAGAUAGCCCCUGGGCAUACGUUGGUUUUGAAAGCUGUUCAGAUACAUCAUUGAAGGACAUGAGCAAAUUUCAGAUCUCCCUUAUUUCAGAUAAAUUAGGGAGUUUUAUUACAACGAAUUAAGUACACUAAAUUAGAACUUUCAGAAUUAUUUCUUAAAACUCCCAAUUUCAGCCACAUUCUAGUUAAGAAGAGAGGAUUAAAUACUUGAAUACAAAAUUAGUGACAUAAAUCAGUAUUUAACCACACAUUGAAACAUUAUUUGAAACAGAAGAAACAAUGCUUUUAGUCAUAAAAUACUAAGGAGAUGGGAUGGUAGAGGAAGGAGCCUUAGACUUCUAAGUCCUGGCUUCCGAGUCACAUGCAUCCUCAGUGUGGCCUUGAUCUUUGGGAUCUUAGCUAAAGUGGACGUAGUUGCUUUAGGCAGUUUUUAAGACCCCUUCUAACUUUCAGACAUUGUGACAAGGUUCUUUUUCAUUUGACAUUUUAAAGGGAUAACAUGCUUCGAAAUAAAUCUUGGCAGGGGAAUAUUUUAGGGCAUUUUCUUUUCAUACAGAGCUCUUACAAAUCUUUAAAUAUGAGAAACUUUUGACUUUCCUGAUUCUGUUCUCAUUCACUAAUGCUAAAUAUCCAGCUUAUAGCAAACAAUCAACCUACCAAAAAGGAUACUAUGGCUUGUGGGUAUUGCUGUCUUGUUUCUGGUGUGUUCUUAUAUUGAUUGCCCAUUGGCCUGAAAAUACUCAUCGUAAGCCUGGGGGAAAAAACACACAAAAGAAAACAUUUUCCUUUCCCACUGACUUUUUUUCUGCUUGUGUAAGAAUCAAAUGAAAUUAUGUACGUGAAAGCACCUUGUACACUGUACCCUAUCAAUGUAAAAUGUUAAGGUGUGUUGUUAUUUCAUUAAUUACUUAUUUGUUUAGAAUGGAGUUUCCUAUGCACUGCUGUAGCUAGGAAAUGCUGAAAUCAGCUGUGUUUUUUAAUUAAUCAAUAACUGCAAAAUUAAAGUAUCUUCAAAGGAUAA